GCACAAAUUCUCAUCCCCUUGAGGACAAAAACUACCUUUUUGAGGUGAAAAAUGGGUCCACGUUUGUUGCAUGGGACUCUUCAUGCUACCAUAUAUGAAGUUGAUAAGAUAAGGGCCGGUUGGUGCGAUUGUUGUGGACCGACUGCUCCCCAGAAAGCAUCAAAAAGGAUUUUGAACAAUGUCAAGAAAUUGUUCUUCUGCGCGCCAAAGAUUUCUGCUACAAAACUUUAUGCAACCAUAGAUUUAGACAAGGCUAGAGUUGGAAGGACCAGAAUCGCAGAAAAUGAACCUUCGAACCCUCACUGGAAUGACACAUUUCGACUUUUCUGUGCACAUGAGAUUUCCAACAUCAUUUUUACAGUAAAAGAUGAGAAUCCUGUCAGUGCAACACUAAUCGGAAGAGCAUAUCUCCCUGUUGAGGAAGUCUUGAAUCGAUAUGUAGUCAAUAAAUGGGUACCAAUAUUAGAUGAAGAUGGUCAUCCAAUAAGUGGUCGUUCCAAAAUCCACGUAAGGUUGCAGUUCUUUAGCGUAAAGCAAGACAGUAAUUGGUCUAGAGGCAUUACGUCCCCUGCAUUUGGAGGAAUACCUUAUACAUUUUUCAAGGAGAGACAGGGGUGUCAAGUUACACUUUACCCCGAUGCAGAUAUUUCAGAUGAUGAUAUCACAAAUUAUCUCAAGUCUCAAGGACUCUUUGAACCUCAGAGAUGUUGGGAAGAUAUAUUUGAUGCAAUCAACAACGCAAAGCACUUAAUUUAUAUAGCCGGUUGGUCGGUAUACACUAAAAUUACCUUGAUAAGAAAUCCAAGGAGGCAAAAGAUAGGCGGAGAACAAAAGAUAGGCGCAGAACUUACUCUUGGGGAGCUGUUGAAAAAGAAGGCAAGUGAGGGAGUUAAUGUUCUUUUGCUAGUUUGGGAUGAUAUAACUUCAGAUGAGGUACUGAAAAGAGAUGGACUAAUGUCAACUCAUGAUCAAGAAACCGCGGAUUAUUUCAAGAACACGGAUGUCCACUGUUGUUUGUGUCCGCGUAAUGCAGAUAGUGGAAAGACCGUAAUUCAGGGGUUUCAAGUUGGUACAAUGUUUACUCACCAUCAAAAGACGAUUGUGGUAGACACUGAAAUUCCAGGAGGGCUGUCACAGAAAAGAAUGAUAGUCAGUUUUCUUGGUGGUAUUGACCUUUGUGAUGGACGAUAUGAUACUCGGGAACACUCGUUAUUCAGGACAUUGGACACAGUACAUAAGCAAGAUUUCCAUCAGCCUAACUUUCCGGGCUCUUCAAUCGCAAAAGGUGGUCCAAGAGAGCCUUGGCAUGACAUUCAUUGUAGGCUAGAAGGGCCUGUUGCCUGGGAUGUCCUGUAUAAUUUUGAGCAAAGGUGGAGGAAGCAGAUUGGAGAUAGAUUUAUCUAUUCAUUGAAUGAGCUUGAUAAAUUUAUUAUCCGGCCAACGGAAAUUACAGCAUCAAGGGAUAGAGAAACCUGGAAUGUUCAAAUAUUUCGAUCCAUUGAUGGUGGUGCUGUUAAGGAUUUCCCUGACACACCAGAAGAAGCUGCUGAGGUAGGUCUUGUUACCGGAAAAAACAAUGUCAUUGAUCAAAGUAUUCAUGAUGCAUACAUCAGUGCCAUUCGUCGAGCUAAGAAUUUCAUUUACAUUGAAAAUCAAUACUUUGUUGGAAGUUGUUAUGGUUGGAAGCCUACUCAAGAUGUCAAGCUCGAGGACAUUGGAGCUUUGCAUCUUAUCCCAAAGGAGCUCUCACUUAAGAUUGUGAGUAAGAUUCAAGCAGGGGAGAGAUUUACAGUCUACAUUGUUCUUCCAAUGUGGCCAGAAGGUAUACCGGAAAGUGAUUCUGUUCAGGCAAUUUUAGACUGGCAAAGAAGGACAAUGGAAAUGAUGUACACAGAUAUAUGCAAUGCCCUUAAGGCUAAGGGAAUUACUACUGCUGAUCCAAGAGAUUACUUGACAUUUUUCUGCCUUGGAAACCGUGAAGUCAAAAAGCCCGGAGAAUACGAACCUCCUCAGAAACCAGAUCCUGAUACUGAUUAUGCUAGAGCUCAACAAUUCAGGCGCUUUAUGAUCUAUGUUCAUUCAAAAAUGAUGAUUGUUGAUGAUGAAUACAUCAUAAUUGGAUCAGCCAACAUUAAUCAAAGAUCAAUGGAUGGUGGAAGAGAUUCUGAGAUAGCCAUGGGAGGCUACCAACGAUAUCACCUUGGAUCUAAUCAACCACCUAGAGGGAAAAUAUACGGUUUUCGUAUGUCCUUAUGGUGUGAGCAUCUAAACUAUGCAGAUGACUCUUUCAUCGAUCCCUCGAGUCUAGAAUGUGUUAGGAAAGUAAAUGGCAUGGCUGAUGAGAGCUGGAAACUUUAUUCUAGUGAUACAUUUGAUCUAGAUCUUCCGGGUCAUCUUCUUCGCUACCCGGUAAAUAUUUCAAAUACUGGACAGAUUACAGCACUUCCUGGAUUCAAGUUUUUCCCAGACACAAAAGCUGCUGUUCUUGGCACCAAAUCUCAGUAUCUCCCACCUAUUCUCACUACAUGAUGUACAUCGGCAGCAUUGUACCAACCAACAACAUGUAAUAUUUGUAAAUGUAACUCUUUGGAAUCAUCUUUUUGAGUAACAUUAACUAUUCCCUCCGUUUCAAUUUAUUGGUCUGAAGUUCCCUUUAGUCGGUUUGAAAAAGAAUGUCUUUUUUCUUAUUUUGGUAAUGC